AAAACAAAGAAGGGCUCGUUUGUGCCGGUUGAAUAAUUCGUUGAAACAGCCCACAUAAUGGCCCAAUUAUAACAAAAUUAGGGCUCCUUAAAGCAUAAGCCCAAAUAAAAAGCCCAUUUAAUAGAAGACAGAAGUAGACGACAACGACCAGUGACGGGAAUUAUCUGGUAUUUUGUAGAUAGAAGCCAGAAGUAGACGAAAGAUUCAUCACGUCACUGAUCGCGAUUGUUGGUUUAAUGGCGGUAUUGGGUCUUCCCGCGAUUAGAGCAAUAGAGUACACCGUCUUUCAAAACCCUAAUAAGCUAAACUCCCACUUGAUUUUGAUUUUUAAUUUUGAUUUUGAUGUCUACGAAAGACGCUGAAAUCGAAAAAGAUGAGAUCUUCGAAGCUACCGGCAGCAGAUAACAACAAGGGCAUAAAUGGCCACAUUUACACCCUUUACCAGCGUCUCUACCACGCUCUCAGCCUUGGCAGCAGAGUUUAUGAUGGAAAAGAAUUAAAAUGGCAGUGUGCGGAUAUUGAAAUUCAGAGACUCGUGGUUCGGUCCAUUUCUUCUUUUCUUGAUUGCAUUUCGGGAGACACUGCACGCCAUCCUCUAAUAAAGGAUUCAGUGGCUGACAUCGUUGCGGCUUUAGUAUGGAUUCUUCAGAAUAACAGUACGGCUAUAUCAAGCAUGGCAGCUAAUGUGGUAGUAAAGUUGAUCAACGUCGUACCCAAUACAUUACUGCAAUCUUACUUGUUAGAUCUGGUCCAUCCUUUGGCAUCCUUGUUAUCUUCUCAUCAAGAAGGAGUAUCUAUUCCAUGUGCCAUUGCAUUGAAUAUGAUUUUUUCAAAUCUGAGCAUUAAACAAGAGAAAAAGAUUUGGGAUAUCCAGGUUGAAACAGAAACUGUUUCUCGCAUUGUCUGUGGCAUGCGGGAGUUUGCUGAUGGUGAUAUGUCAAUUGACUAUUUCCAAGAGAUGGCUACGCUCUUGAGUACAAUUCUUCAUCGGUGGCCUCCAUCCCGAUACCCUGUUUGGAAUGAUGAUAAAUUGUUGAAACUUUUGGAGGUUAUGCGUGUAAAACCUGAUAUUUCCGUUAAGAUUGUAGUUUUGAGGUUAUACUCUGCAUUAGCACUAUGUGGUCAUGGGGCCAAGAAACUUCUAGAAAAUGGAGAAGCCCUUCUACAAAUGAUGGUUCUUUGCAUGGGAAGGUCCUACCCUCUUUCUAUUCGGACGGAGGCCUUUAGACUUGCCCAGUGUUUAGCGACAAAUGAACAGGGAUUUUUAAGAAUGAUGAGCUUGUGUUGUGAGCCUAUUGUUAAAGCUAUAAUUGAUGGAAUGAGUGGUUGGACCUCACAUUCAGGGAAGAUUGCAAAUGACGAGAUGUCCUUGCUAGUGGAAGCUUGUCGUCUCUCUUUGAUAAAUCGCUGGGCAGGGGAGCAUCAUGAUUACUUUUGGAAGCAAGGAAUUGACAGGGUCCUCUUCAAUCUUCUUCUGACUGAUUUUCUCAAUGGACCAUCUCAGCAAUUUCUUUCGUUGGAAGAACAAAUAUCUAUAGCAGAGGAAGGUCUCAAGGCUAAUUUUCUUCUGGGUUUGAGGCCAUAUGUCUGGGACCUUCUUGGUUGGCUCGCAACACAUUGUCGGGAAGAUUUCAGCCCUGACAUGCAUGGCCAUGACUUAAAAAUUGACAUCCUUAUCUCAUGUACAUGCAUAGCUUUUGUGGAUUCAGUUCAGAAAGGGUGCCAAAUAUAUCAAAGUGAUGUAGCUGAUGCCAUCAGAAGCGAGUCAGCUUCAAGGGCAGUUUUAAUGAUGAUUUAUUCUCCCUGCAAAUACAUAGCAUCAAAAGCUAGAGUCAUACUGCAUGAAAUAGCGAAGCCAAUCAGCAAGGAAUGUCUAACACGCUUAUUGCAUCUCCUAAAUAUUAAACCAUCCAAGGAUAAUUUUGGGAUGCCUAACAGGCUUCAAACUACAAUUAGCUUGGUGUCUUUAGUAUGUUAUUCUGGUUUGCCACAAUAUCAAAGUCAUAUUGUUAAAAAUGGAGGCAUUAAGACACUUGUGGAUUGGAUAAUGUGGUGCAUAAGCAACGAUAUUCAUAUGGGAAGGCUGAGCCUUGCUCCUCAUUUGCAUAAUACCUUCAGUGAGAGGACUUGUUGCUGGGUAUGCAAAGAAGACUGGGAGGGCAAUGACAUUCUUUUAUUGUAUGGUCUAUGGGGGCUAGCUGAACUAAUAAACUCUGGAUCUGUAAGAAAUAAUGUAGAAAUUUUUUCUGGUCAGUUAGGUUAUGCUGUAGCUCAAUUUGUUAGCACACUCCAGGAGAUCUGCAGUAACAGUACUUCUCCUGGAAUAAAAUGGUAUGCUGCAUUAGUUCUAAGUUACUUUGGAUUAUAUGGUUUUCCAUGUAAACUUGGGAGGCGUAUUGGGAAAGCACUUAAUGUGAAUAUAUGUGCAGAUAUGCAGCUUAUUCUCACAAAUGGGGAGACUAUGAAUGUCCACAGUGUCAUUUUUGCUGUUCGAUGUCCAUCAUUGCUGCCUCCUGAAGAAUUGCCUCAUGAUGGUUCUUCAGUCGGAUACGAUACAAAGAGGAAGCAUAGAAAUUUUCAGAAAGAAAUCCGUUUGUCUUCACAUGUUGAUAACCAGGCAUUAGCCAAGUUAUUGGAAUUUGUAUACUUGGGAUAUCUAAAUGCAGGAGAGGAACUUGUGAAGAAAGUGAAAAUUCUUGCCAGACGCUGUGGCUUACGACCUCUAUUAAUGAUGCUUGGCAGAAUACGUCCCAAGUGGGGUGCCCUUUUCCCCAGAUAUGAACUUGCUUUUGCUCUUUCUCCGGCAGGGCAUCGUUAUUCGUAUGAUUUGCUCCUUGAUAUAUUUUCAGCUCGUCUUAUUUAUUUAUACGUGGACAUCGUCUUGGAGGCUAAAGCAACCAAAUCAAUCUGCUGGACAUGCAGUCUGUGCUCCCAAUCAGUGCCGCAUAUGCAUUGUCACAAAGUUGUGUUGUGGUCAAGUUGUGAUUAUCUGCGAGCCUUGUUUCAAUCAGGCAUGCUAGAAAGUGACUCUGAAACCAUAAAGGUGCCUGUUAGCUGGGAGGCAAUGACUAAAUUUGUGAACUGGUGCUAUACGGAUGAACUGCCUAGUCCUCCAUCUGGAUGCUUGUGGGAUAAUAUGGAUACUGAGGAAAGGCUAUCUGUGCUGCAGCCAUAUCUAGAGCUUUUCUGGCUUGCUGAAUUUUGGUUCUUGGAAGACGUUCAGGAUAUCAGUUAUAGAGUGAUCAUAUCUUAUCUUGAUUCUGCCAGACACUUGUCUAUCAAAAUUAUCAAAAUCGCAGCCGAUUUAUCUCUUUGGAAGUUGGUUGAAGUUGCUGCAAUUUACUUGGCUCCUUUAUAUCGUCAACUUUGUCACUCUGGUGAUCUUGAGGCACUAGAUGAAGAAGUAGUUGAUAUGAUACGUGCAGCUUCUGUUCGGCUUUCUCAAGAAGGAUAAGCAAUUCAAGGCAAUAUAUAAUGCUUUGGAUAAAAACCCUGCAGUUCUUAGCAGCAAAGGACCCCAGGGAUGGUUAUUCUAAUCCCUGAAGGGUGUCAGAAACUAUGAAGAAGGGAUUACUUGAAUUUUGCGAACUCCUUUGGGUUUUCAGUUUUAUAGGGUCAAUUUGGAUUUUGUUUUCUUUUGUCAAGCAUUGGAAUUGCAGAAUGUUGUAUAUUAAUUAUUUAUUAACGGAAGUUGUUGAACUGUGACCUCUCUUGUCUGAAAUUGUACACUUAGUGUAAUGUUUUCAAUUUCAAGACAAUUCUAUUCCAUUUUUGUUUCUUCA